CGACAACCGAAUCCCCCGUACGGAGUAGCUUCGACGCGCACUUGGCUCGACUCGAUCUUCCGUUGUAGACAAAACUUUGAAUAGCCUAGACAAGCUCCCCCCCCCCCUCGUUUGUCCCGAAAUCCUUCUCGGACGGAUUACUUCUGUUUAUUCCAACUAUUUUUUUUUUCUCCUUUCAAAACCUUUCCGUCCCGACACCUUUCAACGAGCUUCACAUCUUUCCCUCCCGCACAUCGCCUCCAUCUCACCAGGCUCCCAGCAUCUAGUCUUACUCCUUUGCGCCAUAUCCUGCUGCACUGUCGGGCCCCCAACGAAUUAGCAGCGAGAUCGAGGUAGAUCGUUCGUCAGCAACGUAACCAACAGUCGUCGGCUGCAAGCACUCUCCCACAGAUUCCCGCUGUCGCUGCGAACAUGGCUCCCACAAAAGACACCGCCGCAUACAUACAGGAGCUGGCCAACCCGCCGCCUCCCGGCUCGCCCUAUGGAGUCCCGAUUCCAGGCUCCGAGAAGGAAGGCCGCAGUGCCAUCUACCGCCAUUGGCGCUUCCGCGACGGCCCUCUGCUGUCCACCUUUGAUCCCGCUGUCCAGACCGUUCACGACUUGUUUGAGGAGUCCUCCAAGAAGCGUCCCAACGCCAAGUGCUUGGGUCACCGAGCAUGGAACCCCGCGACCAAGGACUGGGAGAACAAAUACACCUGGGCUACCUAUGCCCAGGUGGCCGAGCGUCGCAAGAACUUCGGCGCCGGUCUGAUUGAGAUUCACCAGAAGAUUGGCAUCACCAGCGACAACUACGGUGUCGGUUUGUGGUCGCAAAACCGCCCCGAGUGGCACAUUGCCGAUCUCGGUGCUGCAUCCCAAUCUCUCUUCACCGUCUCUCUCUACGAGACCCUCGGCCCCGACACGACCGAAUACAUUAUCAACCACGCCAACUUGGCUUGCGUAGCUACCUCGUUGCCGCACAUCCCCGUCUUGCUGAAGCUUGCCCCGCGCCUCCCAUCACUCAAGCUCAUUGUUUGCCUUGACUCCCUGGAUGAUGGCGAGCAGGCUGGCUACUCCAAGCUGUCCGUUCUGAACGGCAUUGCUGCUCAGAAUGGCAUCCAGAUUUACUCCAUGGCUGGCGUCGAGGAGCUCGGCCUCAAGUCCGGUCGUCCCAUGCGCCCCCCACGCUCGACUGACUACGUCACCAUCAACUACACCUCUGGAACUACCGGUAUGCCCAAGGGUGUUGUCCUGACCCACGGCAACGCCGUUGCAGGCCUCACAGCCGCGAGAUCCGCCGGCACCGUUACCUACAAGGACGUGCACAUCUCUUACCUUCCCCUCGCUCACAUCUACGGAAGAAUGGUUGACCAGACCGCUCUGGCCGAAGGCGCUUGCAUCGGUUUCUUCCGCGGCGAUAUCGUUGGGUUGGUAGACGACAUGAAGAUUCUCGAGCCCACAGGGUUUAUGUCUGUUCCCCGCCUGUACAACCGCUUCAACUCGGCCAUCCGAACUGCCACCAUCGACGCAGACGGUGUCAAGGGAUCCCUGUCUCGCCAGGUUGUCAGCACCAAGAAGGCCAACAUGAAGCAGCCCGUUGGCAAGGCGAGCAACUCUCACUUCUUGUACGACAGAAUCUGGACCCCCAAGGUUCGUGCUGCUGUCGGCCUCAAGAAGGCGCACAGCAUGGUCAGCGGUAGCGCUCAGUUGGACCCUGACGUUCACGAGUUCUUGCGCGCGGCUUUCGGCAACCACUUUGUGCAGGGAUACGGCCUGACGGAGACGUACGCCGUCUCGACUGUUCAGCUGAAGGGUGACUUCACCCUCGGCAACAUCGGACCGCCAGCCUCUUGCAAUGAGAUCUGCUUGGAGUCGGUUCCCGACUUUGACUACUUCGUCACAGACAAGCCUUACCCCCGUGGUGAGAUUCUCCUUCGUGGUCCCAGCAUCUUCAAGGAGUACUACAAGAAUGAGGAGGAGACGAGCAAGGCCCUCGAUGCAGACGGUUGGUUCCACACCGGAGAUAUUGCCGAGGUCGACAACAUGGGUCGCUUCAAGAUCGUCGAUCGCAAGAAGAACGUUCUCAAGCUGUCGCAAGGAGAGUACAUCUCGCCUGAGCGUAUCGAAAACGUCUACUUGGGUAGCUGCAGUCUGCUGGCCAUGGCAUACGUCCACGGUGACCCGUCUCAGUCGUCGCUCGUUGCUGUCUUUGGUGUCGACCCCGAGAACUUUGCACCCUUUGCUAGCAAGAUCCUGAAGAAGACCAUCGACAAGACCGAUCUUGCAGCUAUCAAGGCAGCUGGCGCCGACAACAAGGUCAGGAAGGCCCUGCUUGCAGAGCUUGACCGGAUUGGCAAAAAGCACAAGUUCAACAGCUACGAGCGUGUGCGCAGCGUUUACCUCACCAUCGACCCCUUCAGCAUCGAGAACGAGCUGUUGACACCUACUCUUAAGCUCAAGAGACCGCAAACCGCAAAGGCGUUCAGGACGCAGAUCGACCAGAUGUACGAGGAGGUCAACGCGGAGCCGGCCGCCAAGGCCAAGCUUUAGAAGGUUUUUUUAUUUAGAGGAUUGGCGUUGGAUGAUGUCGUGUCACAUACAGGCGGG